UUCGCAUUACUUCCUUGUGAGAGCUCCGGCAAGAAAACAGCUGAACAGCCGACAGUCGCGCCAUGAGCGUACUCUUGCGUCGCAAUUCCAGCCAGCUGCGGCUGCUGCUCUCCUCCGGCGGCCAGGUCACGCGCCUCUCCUCCAGCGAUGGAGCCACCGCCGAGCCCCCCGUAGCUGCGCCGAAGCCCACCCAGCCGAAGAAGCCCAAGACGCCACCCGUUGUUCCCGAUACCGACAUUAAGAAGUCUGUGUUCAUCUCGCAGUCUAGCGAUGUGUUCACCAAUCUGGCGCUGGAGGACUGGCUGUACAAGAACUUUGACUUCAGCCACCACCAUGUCCUGCUGCUGUGGGCCAACGACCCGUGUGUGGUCAUUGGACGCCACCAGAACCCCUUCACCGAGGCCAACGUAUCGCGGCUGGUGGAGCGCGGCAUUACCUUGGCCAGGAGGAACAGCGGCGGCGGAGCUGUCUACCACGAUCUGGGCAACCUGAACUGCACCUUUUUUUCGCCCCGGGAGCGCUACGAUCGCAAGUACAACCUGAACAUAGUGACCAGGGCCUUGUUCCGAGAGUGGGCCAUCAAGGCGGACAUCAAUGAGCGCGACGACAUCGUGGUGAGGAACAAGAAGAUUUCUGGAACAGCCGCCAAGCUGGGACAUCCGAACUGUUAUCACCACUGCACUAUCUUGGCCAGCGCCAACAAGCUGCAUCUGGGCGAGUCUUUGGUCCGCGAGCCAGCGAACUAUAUUAGCCGGGCCACAGCAUCAGUGCCCUCCCCCAUUCGCAAUCUGGUGGACGUCAAUCGGACGGUGAACGUGGCCCAGUUGCGCUCCGCCGUGGGCUACGAGUACCUGCGCACGGUGGCCACUGCCCUGGAGGAUGGCGGCAAGACUCAGAUGAUGAAGCAGCGCGGCUUCCAGCUCAUCAAUCCCACCGAGAAGUGGUUCCCGGGCAUCGAGGAGCUGCGCGCCCAAUACAGCUCAUGGGAUUGGGUUGUUGGAAAGACGCCAAAGUUCACCGUUGAGAAGGACCUCGAUGUCAAGGGCGACGAGCAGGGCAUGAAGCUGAAGCUAAGCGUGGAAGUGGAUGGAGGACUGAUGAAGGAGAUUGGCAUUCAGUUGCCUCAGAGCGAGCAGGUGGUGCCAGUCGUCACUCCGCUCCAGGGCAAGCCCUACAACGAGGAGAACCUCAACGGCAUCAUUGGCGCUCUCAAGCUCGUCAACGCUUCCAACGUGAAACAGGCCAUGAAUGGCUCUGUAUGAUUGUUGUUGCUGUUGUGUUAGCAAACAAAAAAAAAAUUAAAAAAAAUAUAUAUAUAUAUUAAUCAACUGAUAUCAUUUUAUGUAGUUUUACUAACACAAUAACAUAGUUUAUAGUCCUUCCAAGAAACCACUACACUAACCUAGUAUUAAGACAAAAACCACUAUCCCUUUGUUACUACUGUUUUGUAUAAAAAUAUUUGCAAUAAAACUUUAUAAAAAUGUAUAAAAAAUA